CGACUCCAAAAAAUUCAAGAUGGCUGUCUUUUAAUGACAGGCGGUUUUGCGUGUGUGGAUGUUAAAUAGGGUUAUACAGGAAUUCAUUCUUUGUACAUUGAUUUCAUAAAAAAUAAUUUUUCAAUCAUGGAGUGUUUAAUUGGAAUACAAUUUAAUGAUUUCGUACUUGUUGCUGCUGAUAUGACAACAGCUCAGUCAAUUAUGGUUAUGAAAACCGAUGAACAUAAAAUUCACAAAAUCUCCGACAAAUUGGUAAUGGCUGUAUCAGGGGAACAAGGAGAUUCGAUCCAAUUUUCAGAGUAUAUCAGUAAAAAUAUUCAGUUAUAUAAAAUGAGAAAUGGAUAUGAACUCUCACCAAAAGCAGCAGCAAUUUUUACUAGAAGGAAAUUAGCUGAUUAUUUGCGAUCUAGGACACCAUACUUUGUCAAUAUUUUGAUGGCAGGUUACGAUCUAGAAACUGGGCCUGAACUUUACUUCAUUGAUUAUCUAGCUUCUUACGUAAAAGCUCCUUAUGCUUGUCACGGUUAUGGUGGUUUCUUUUCCCUCUCUAUUUUGGAUAGAUAUUAUAAACCAAGCAUGACUGAAGAUGAAGCUUAUUCAUUAAUGAAAAAAUGUGUUACUGAAGUUCAUAAACGUUUGAUUGUUAAUUUGCCUAACUUCAAAGUACAGAAAGUCACGAAGGAUGGUGUUGUUGAUCUACCACCAAUAACAGCUGAAAAUUUAGCAGUUGAAAAAGCUGCUCGAGGGUGAUUUUUUUACGAUGGUUACUUUCUAAUUGUAUUCUUUUCUUUUUUCGUAAAUAUUGUCAAAUUUCGCAUUAGAUAUUUCAAUAAAUAUCAUUUCUAUAUUUA